GAUUCACACACGAAUCAAAUCGCCAUCCCCCUCUAAUUUUUUUUUUUUAUCUGUCAUUUUUCAAAUAUUAAAAAAAACAAAGAAAAAGAAAAGAUCAGACAAUUUCCUUUGUGUUGUGAGAAGAAGUGAAACAGGGCAGAAAAAGGCAACCGGGUUGCCGGAAUGUCGACGGAAGUUAAAGAUCCGGCGAUCAAGCUGUUUGGAAAGACGAUUUGUCUGCUUCGCGAUGACACCCUCCUCCCCUGUUCUAUUGCGGCUGAUCAACCUGCCAAGCGCAGCCGCUCCUCGAUCACCACAACUUCGCGUGACUACAAGAACACAUCCGGAGGAGAAGUUUCAGAGAGUAAACAUCAGGACGAUGAAUGCAGAAAUGUGAGUGGCGAAGAUUCUGUCGGAGCAGAAACCUCGUCGCGUACGAGCGAUGACGACAAGGCGGCACAGAAUCCAGACAAAGAAACACAAUGUGCAGCGGGAAAAGAUGUGAAGAAGGACGAUGAAAGCGAGACAAGUGAUUCGCAGGAUCAGAAGAACCUUAAAAAGCCCGAUAAAAUACUGCCAUGUCCCCGGUGUAACAGCAAGGACACCAAGUUCUGUUACUACAACAACUACAACGUCAACCAGCCCCGUCACUUCUGCAAGAACUGUCAGAGAUACUGGACCGCCGGCGGAUCCAUGAGGAACGUGCCGGUGGGCUCCGGCCGCCGCAAGAACAAGGCUUCCGCCUCCAAUUUCCGUCACAUAAUGGUUUCGGACGCCCUUCACGCCGCCCAGUUCGCUUCCUUGAAACCAAACGGAACUGUCCUCACGUUUGGCACGGACAGAGCAGUUAGUAAUGAAUCUAUUAUUCCAAACGCCUGGAAUUCUGCUCCUCCUCCCAUUUCCCCUCCUGUGGCGCUGUACGGCGUGUUGGCCCCCUGGAGCGGGCGGUGGAUCUCUGCACCGGCCUCCCCUGAUCCAUCAACUCCAACUUCCCCAAGGAGACUUAAAAUGGAGGAUCAGGCAAUCUGGUCUACACCAGGAGGAGGAAGUCUGUUCAAGGCGUUUAACUCAAAGGAUGGUGAGAGAGAUAGAGAUAGAAACCAUUCUCUGGUUCUGCAAGCAAACCCAGCAGCCCUGUCUCGCUCGCUCAACUUCCAAGAGAGAACAUAAAAGCAUUAUCUCUCAUCUGGAAUUACCAGCUUCGAUCUUGUUCAUGUUUAUAGUAUGCGUUGCAUCAACCUUAAUAGAUUAUAUGUAUUAUAUUGCCAGAGUGUUUGGUACAUAACAUAUGUUAUCCAUUUAUAAUAGGUGAUAGAUAUAUAUAGAAAUAAGAGAGAUUGAUUGUUCAACGUAACUGGCCAAAGAAAAACCUUUUUGUAGUCUGGAAAUGUAAAUUCCUCUUUACAA